GAUUCCUCGUCUCCUGUUCUAUUGUUUCGAUCGGGGUGAAGUUCUAGAAUUUGCCAGUUGCGAGCUACAGCAUCCUCCUUUUCGUCAUUUCUCUUCCUGCUCUGCAAUUCAUAUGCAAUGGCAAGAAGAUUUGCGAAACGCCUCAUUCUACCGCUUGCAAUCCUUUUCUGGGCUGCCCUUCUUAUCUCGAACCUCUCCCCUUCCCAACACGGACAUCGAGCCCAUAGCCGCGAGAAACACAACACCCCCAUGCGAAUUCCAAUAUCUCGUCCAUUCAAGAAUUAUUCAAAGAACAGGAUUCAGUCAUGGACAUAUUCAGGUAGUGGGAAUUCGAAAGUUACGGUCCCGCAUGCUUUACUACAACUCACAACGCAUUGCUCCGACCCGGUUAACAAAUUCACGAACCAUCUCAGACUUCCUAAUGUGCUCUACAAUAUUUCCAUGAAACCCAGGCUUGGGUCCCCCGAGUCAAGAACUUUCUGGAACCCAACAAUCUUCUCUCUGCCAUAUUGGGCAAAGAAUCAGUAUUUGAUCGUGAGCAUGGUGUACUUGAAGGACCGUGGCUACCGAGUCAAUGUUUUGUGUGAAGCAAAUAUUUGUCACCCACAAACUGACAAUCGUGGACAUCUGCAAGAGAGAAUUUGUACAGAUGAUGAUAUUGAAGUUCUCGGUGGCAAUGGAGGAAUGAGAUGCGAAAAUACACCUAUUGAAGUGACUGUUCCUCCAACUCCAGCAGAAAGUUGCCAGGAAAACCAGGAAGGAUUGGCUGAUAUUCCUGGCUUUCAUGAUCCUAGAAUCUUCUAUUCCGGAAGAGGGGAGCCUAUACUGAUGAUAUCUUCUCAGUCGCGAUAUGCUUGCAUUGGGCUGUGGUCUAUUGAUCUUCGUUCUGUAUACCCUGGCUUGGAAGAAAUCUUCUCAUCUUCACCCAAAAGCUUCGGAGGACCACUCAAGUCUUAUCCUGUUCUGACCGAGUUGACACGCAAUCCACGAGAGACCCGAAGAUCAUACGAGAAGAACUGGUUUAUAUUUUCACCAACUCCAUCCUCAUCAUACGUUCAUUAUGAGCUGACUUCUUCACAACGCACCUUCGCAAAACUCAUUGGUAAUGGCUUCACAACAACCAAUUUGACCUAUCAGAACGAGAUCCCUUGUCUUAUUGACGCAACGCCAGAGGAAAUAACUCUUAAUAGAUACAUGGCAAAUGCUACUUGGCACCAGGCCACACCUGCUUUAAAACUGAUUCUUUGCACUCGAUCCAAUAACACUUGUAUUCUCGAGACCCCAGAUAUUGUUUUUAUUGCAGCUAUUCAUCGCAAACACAAAAAUGUCUUAGACCUACCAAUCCGCUAUGAAAGAUAUUUUGUGAUGUGGGCAGCAACACCUCCCUUUAGUAUGUUAGCUAUAAGCCAACAUCCAAUUCUCUUUGCAAAUGAAACGACAACUGGCUGGACAUCCGACGAAAGUUGGGAUGAUGUUCCAGAGGCUUUGUCCGAAGGCCGUGGGCUAUGGGCAAAACUCACUUACACCACAACCAUUGCGUAUGCUUGGAACAGGGAAGAUGGGGAUAUAAAAGAUAAGAGUGUAGGAUAUCUAGAUGAUGAGAUACUUCUUAGUGUGGGAGUGGAUGAUCAUGAUCAGGUUUAUGGAAGAGUUCUUGUGUCUGAGUUGCUACAGUGCUUGAGGAUUUGUCCUGGUUUGAUGUGAGCGCAAUUGGAAUGAAACUUUGGAGGAUUAGGAGCAAUGGUUAUUUCAAUGAUUGAAAUUUGAAGAAAUAGAUAGUUUCGAAUGUGUGCAUUUAUGGAGACUAAUUGAUUUAUGCUAGAUGGAGAUAAGACGCAAGAUUA